UUCAGGACGCCUGCGGGACCCAGAAUGCUCUGCGCCGAGGCAAGAUGGAAGAACCCAGCAGCUGCGGGAGAACAAUGUUUUGGCUCUAGAUAUUAAAACGGACCGCUGAGGGUGAACUACGCGAGCCAAAUCAGCGGGUCAUGGUCCUGCACCGGAUGACACUGAUUUCCUCCACAUAGUUUACCUGCCUGCCGGCCUUCACCAUGAGCAUCAUUCAAGACAAACUAGGCAAUGAAUUCCUGCGUUCCAACGGCAGCAUGGACUCCAAUUUCGGAGCGGGCAUGAUUAUGUUCAGCCACCUCCCCCCGGUGACCAGCUUCACCCGGCUGUCCGCCCACUCCGUCAUGCAGGACCUCCCGCCCCAAGAGAUGAUCCUGAAGAAGGAGCGUGACUCGCCCGACUGCAGCAUGGGCGCCCAGGGUGGCAGCCUGGGGUGCGUCGGGGUGGGGGACUAUGUUCAUGCCAUGGGCAUCAAGCAGGAGAAGGUGUCGGAGCACGAUUACCGCCUGCCGCUCUACCCCGGGGGUCUGGGGAAGAGCACGGAGCUGCUGGAGGUGACUGUCAGCAACAACCAGAACCUGCAGGUGCAUGACCUCAACGUGGGCGACCUGCCGAGUCAGUUAGGAAAGGAGCCCACUGGGAGGAAAGGUCGCAGGUCAAAUGGUGAUGGACAGGAGGGUAAACCAAGAAAGAAGAGAAGCGACGCAAAGCAAUCAAUGAUGCUGGAUGCAGAUGGAGGCAGCCUGUCUCCAGGAAACAAGCCUCACGUCUGCGAACACUGCACUGCAUCCUUCAGAAGCUCCUAUCACCUGCGCCGUCAUGUCCUCAUUCACACAGGUGAAAGACCCUUCAGAUGCAGUCAGUGCAACAUGAGUUUCAUUCAGAAGUACCUUCUCCAGCGACAUGAGAAAAUCCAUAGUGGAGAGAAGCCAUUCAGCUGUGACCAGUGUAACAUGCGAUUCAUUCAGAAAUACCACAUGGAGAGGCACAAGAGGACGCACAGCGGAGAGAAGCCCUAUAGAUGUGAGACCUGCCAACAGUAUUUUUCUAGAACAGACCGACUGCUUAAGCACAAGCGAACCUGUGGAGAAGCCAUAAAGAAGGGCCUGGAUCCAACCAUGAUGGACCUGGGUUGCGUAGACAUGGGACACGGCAGCUAUGGAAUCACUCAGGGAAAUGCUGGGAGUACCGGUAGGAAGAGGGGGAAGUCCAAAAAUUCAGGAGAGGGAGGGGAGCGCAAGAAGAAGAAGGGAGAUGGAGGAGGGGUGAGGGUGCCACACCUUCAUGGCGCUGUAUCUGGAGGUUACAGCGUCCUUGAAUACUCUGUGGAGAAUCAAGCAGUGUCUUCCUCUACUGAGCCUGGUCCCAGCAUGCAGCACAGCCACCACGGUCGAGCUCCAAAGAUGGCGUUCAAGAAGGCCAAUCGUAAGAGCCUGGACAAAGCGGGUCUAGAGCAGGACAAAGCAGGCUCGUUGGAGCAGGACGGGAGCAUGGAUGGCCUUGGCCUCAUGCAGGGUAACGGGGCUAAAGUCGGGCCCACCAGCACCAACUACGAUGACGCCAUGCAAUUUCUGAAGAAGAGACGCUACCUUCAUGCAGCAAACAAUGCAAACGCCUCAGGGCCUGCGGUGGGUGGAGGAGCUGGCAGUGAGUAUGACGUCAGCGUCCACUUGUCCUCCCAGCCGUCUGUCAUCCAGGGCGUUGUUUCCAGCGUGAUGGACAGCGACACUCCUCUGAGUCUUGACAAGUCAGGGAUCCCCGACGAGGUGCUGCAGAGCCUCCUCGACCACUACACCCAGAAGCCCGACGGCUCCCACCACAGCGUUCACUUCGAUCUCAGCGACCAGCAUGUGGAGCUGACCCCCGCCCCGGCCGACGGCACCGACCUCGGCCACAACGCCCCCAGCCCCUCAGGAGACAAGACUGUAAUGAUGCACGAGUACUCCCGCUUCCUGCUGCAGGCGUUGGAGCGCACCAGCCACAGUGCCAGCUUCCCCCUGGGCCCCGGGCCUCCAGCCUCGGGUCCCUUCACCAGUUCCCACCCAGGAAACCCUCUCUACGCCGACAAGAACAUCUACACUACGUCCCCGAUAGAGUGUGGGUUCGGCCAGUCGGUGGCCUCGCCUUCGCUGCCCUCCUCGGUGCCAAAGUCUCACUUUGCGAUGCUGACGGGCUCCUCGCCACAGCACAGCUUCCACCUGAGCGGCCUGGAGGCAUCUCACCAGCAGCUCACCCCUUCUCAGGAGCUCACCGACCAGAUGGAGAAGCAGCACUCCUCCACUCCCCCUUCGUCCUACCAGAUCAGCCCAUCUGACCUGAGCGGCCGGAAGGACCAGCAGCCAGUCAAAAACGGCCAGGCGGUCUACCCUCUGGCCCCCUCACAGGAUCUGGCCUCUCUGGACUCCUCUAAGCCUUCCUACCAGAUUGAAAACUUUGCCCAGGCCUUUGGCUCCCAGUUUAAGUCAGACGGCCGUGGCUUGUCUUACGGCACUGACCCUAGCAGGGAGGUGGAUCACAGGAUACGGACGCCUGUGUCUGAAUUCUCAGGGUAUAGUAGUUUGUUAUCUGAUGUCAAUGAGCCAGUAAGUACAGGUUCCAAAACUCCAACAAGCCAAAGCUACAGAUGAGAGCCUGAGAGGGAGAGAACACUCUCUCGUUAAAGUUCCUAUUUUAAUUUUUUUAGUGCUCCUAUUUUAUUAUUAUUAUUGUUAUUAUUAUUUUUUUAAGUGACAUCUAUAUUUUAAUUAUACUGAUGCUCUGUCUUUGUGCCCACUCCUCUCCCCGCAAUAAGCCUGCGAGGCUUCCCGCAAAUGCAAUUUUUUUUAAGUAUCUGUUAUUUUUAAGUUAAAUAUAUAUUUUACUGUUUAUUCUUGUCAUACUAGUGACAGUAGAUCUGGUCAUUGAUCUUGAACUGAAAGUACUUUUUUUCGUAGAGUAGCGACGGACAUGUUUCUUUUUCCAACAAGCUGAAGUGUUUGAGCAAUCAACCUCUUUACAAGUGUAAAAUAAUAAUAAUAGAAAUAACCGCAAUGGCAGGGAAUAGCCCAGAAUUGAAAUGGCAAAAAAAAGAAGAAAAAAUAAUGUUAUUGUCUGUUACAAGGUUAAAAGUAUUACUCAGGAAUACAUGGAAAAGGAGAAGCUUGCGAGGUGCAGUGAGCACUCUUCAGAAGUGUAAGUUUGCGACUUCAAAGAGGAUUUUUUUUCUUAUGUUUUAUUACUUGUUGAAUGAGUGUGACAUAAAUAGACUGCUGCCAGCUCACUUGAACACUGAAAACACUUUCUACUUGGCUAUAUAGAGAUUAUGGUACUUUCAUGUCAAUGUGAACUCAUGUUUUCUUCAAUAAGGGCCAUAUAUAUAUAUCUAUAUAUAUAUUUAUAAGAAUAUAUAUUGUGUAAAAUAACAGUUUUAAUCGUUCUGGGGAUCUGCCAGUUGAAGUCAAGGAAGAAUGAGGGCUGGUUCAGGGGUUAAAUGUUGUCCUUGGUAUAUUUUUGGAGAACAAAAGUGAUGUUAGGGCUUUUCUUUGGCCAAUAGAGGUUGCUGUUGGACAGCGGUAGAAUGGCCUUCCCCUAUUCCCGUCCUCCUCUUCUUCCUCUUAUUUCUUUGAAAGAAUCCAAUUAGCACUUUGAGCCGCUUUCUUACUUACAUUGAGUAAAAGUACCCCGUCAGAUCGGGGGAGCUCAAAACAUCAGGAAUGGACUGGCUUUUUUUGACAGACGUGUCGCUGUUUGGGCAUAUGCAGACGGGGUUUCGGGGGUUGUGGGACGGGAGUUCCCCUUUGUUUGGGCAGCAUGGUUAAUAUGGGAUGAAGGGAGGGCAGGGUUGCUAUGUGAAAAGUGGGAUUUUUCAUUGAUAUUUUCUCUUUCUCCUUAGGGAGGGGUUGGCUCGGGAGGGAGGGCGGACUUUUAAAAUAUUUAAUCGGGAUAAUGUAAAUGUAAUUCAAACCCCUAGUUUUAGUUUGACUUGUUACCCAACUUAGCAGCUUUGCUUUCUUAUUGACUUUGAAGACAAAAUGUGUUAGUGAUCAAGUAUUUCUUCAGCUGUUAAUGAGGCAGCCAUAUGUGGUUUGAGCAAGAGAAAAAAAACAAGGGAAAAAAAAGGUGGCUAGCCAGAAACUGUGUAUCCAUUUAGAUCUUUUUCGCGUGUGCUGGCAGUACUUGUCCCCUUAGAUAUUGGGUGCCUAUUCCUCAGAAGUACAGGCGCAAGAUAAUGUUUAGAAAAUGUUAGAUGUAAUUUCUUGAUGAUUUAGAAUUUUUUGCUUUUUGUGAAAACAUAAUUUGCGCUGUCUUCCUUAGCAACAACUGGCCUUGAGUGCUGGAAAACGAUAUCACUCUGCUGAAUGAACCCCUUCACGACCCGAUGGCCUGUUGUUUUAAGCAAUCAUUUGACAUGGCAGAGUGAAUGCAAUGCUGUAAUAUCAAAAAAUAAUGCCGUGUUGAGGCAUCAAAGCAAAGAAUUUGCCUCGCAUAUACCUCAUAUCACAGUAAACCAGGGACAAAAGAGUGAAGGUUUGAUGUAUGUAGCAGAAAUGCUGUCAUAGGUGCAAAAAUGUUUCUGUGCGACUAUUUUUAAACGUUUGUGACAUUUCUGUGACCGUUUAAGGCGCCGUCGCUUAAGGGUUUCUGUAAAUGUCUGCCAACCAGUGUUCGGUCUAUUCAGUUGAACCUCCUCUCUCAUCCAGAUCUUAUUUGCCAUAUUGUUUCAGUAUUGUUUACAAGAAAAAAAUUGUACAAAACACUACAUCUUACUUACCCCUGUAUAAAAUUUAUUUGACUCUUUCCCUCCUUUUUUUUAUCACCACCAAAUUUUGUAGCUGAUAUCAUCUUCCAUUUUUAUGUUCUUUCGGGUUCUUGUGACAUGUUUCAUGAGGCUGUACUUGUCCAAUGAAUGAAAAAUUGAUUGAUUAGGGAGAAAACAUUAAAAAAAAACUGUUACCAGGAAAA